AGGGAAAACGGAAGAGACCUCUCCCUCUUUCACUGAGUUCAGGAGACAAUGUGGUGUGUGUGGCUUCAUUUUGUGAAACUCAUCUCAAACCUCAUCUUGAAAUUCCUGCUUUGAAAAAACACACAUUAAUGGAAGCCUCUGGAAAUCUACAAGAGAAGAUCUGCUCUGAACACGAUGAUGUUCUGAAGAUCUUCUGUCGUACUGAUCAGAGAUGUAUUUGCUCUUUGUGCCUGUUGGAUAAACAUAAAGGACACGACGCUGUAUCAGUUACAGCAGGAAGAGCUGAGAAACAGAGUGAGUUAAAGGAGGAACAGCUGAAAUUCCAGCAGAGACUCCAGGAGAAGCAGAAGAAGGUGCAGGAGCUGAAACAGACUGUGAACACUAUAAAGCUCAGUGCACAGACAGCAGUGGAGGACAAUGAAAGGAUCUUUACUGAGAUGAUCAGCUCCAUGGAGAAAAAGCGCUCGGAGGUGACGGAGAUGAUCAGAGCUCAGGAGAAGGCUGAACUGAGUCGAACUGAACAACUCCUGGAGCAACUGGAGCAGGAGAUUGAUGAUCUUCAGAGGAGAGUCACUGAGCUGGAGAAGCUUUCACACACACACGAUCACAUCCAUUUCCUCCAGGUUUUAGCUUCUGGACCUCAGUCUCCUCUAUUAGAUAGACCAGAGUUUGACACGUCCAGCAUCAGGGUCUCUCAACAUCUGUCAUUUGAUGGAGUGAAGAAUUCUCUCUCAGGCCUGAAGAAGAGACUGGAGGAAUUCUGUGAGGAGGAAUUCAACAAAAUCCCUCCACAUGCUGCAGCAGUUCAGAUCAUUUCACCACCAGAUCCACAGAACAGAGAAGAGUUUCUGAAAUAUUUCUGUUCUCUGACUCUGGAUCCCAACACGGCACAUCGUAAACUCAUUCUGUCUGAGGAGAACAGAGUGGUGACAUUCAAUAAGAGAAAACAGAAGUACUCUGAUCAUCCAGAGAGAUUUGACUCCUGGGGGCAGGUGUUGUGUAAGGAGAGUGUGUGUGGACGCUGUUACUGGGAGGUGGAGUGGAGCGGUGUUGGUGUGUCCAUAUCAGUCUCAUAUAAAGACAUCAGGAGGAAAGGAGAGGGUAUUGAGUCUGUGUUUGGACGCAACAAACAGUCCUGGAGUCUGGAAUGUUCUUCUUCUCCCUAUUUCUAUCACAACAACAUUAAGAUUAAUCUCAGAGUUCCAUCACCCCCCAGAAUAGGAGUGUAUGUGGAUCACAGUGCAGGAACUCUGUCCUUCUACAGUGUCUCUGACAACAUGAAGCUCCUCCACAGAGUCCACACCACAUUCACUCAGCCUCUAUAUGCUGGGUUUGCGCUCUACAGGUUGUUUGGUUCUUCAUCGGUGAGAUUGUGUGAUCCAUAAUAAUGUGUGUAGUGUUUUGUGUAACAUUCCUCCACAUUACCACAUUUACCUCCUUCAUCUGUUUAACACACAAUCCAGCUGCACGAAAGACAUUUUCAUUGUAAAUUAAAACAGAUUCAUCCUGGAUGAUGAACCAUAUCAGAACCAUAUAAGUCCAAGUUUGUGUUAAAUAUUAUGACCAAAGUUUUGAAAAUAAAAGAUCAGACCACAGCAGAACGGUGUGAA